GGGGUAUUAGGGAUUGACGAUUUCCUGAUCUUACUUAUUGAAACAUUUUGGAUUCAGAUUUCAUUUCAGUGUCAUAGUAAGUAUUCCAUUUCGAAGCUACUGAGAGAUCGUAGCAAAAUGAACGCUAUACGGAUUAUCGCAUUAUUCGCUCUUGUAGCUGUCUCUAAAGCCAGUGUACCAUCAAAAGCCUGCCAGUUCGACGGCGAAUACCUGAGGGAUAUAUUUGACAACUGCUUCUUCUUCCGCUGUGUGGGACUAUCACCCAUUAAGUUCCGAUGUGCUCCUGGAACCGGAGUCCCAAGCAACUAUGUUGAUAACGGCAGCGGUGGAAGUCCUUGCUCACAGAUCAUAGGCACCUGUGGAAUACAGAGCGCGACAAUUACACCCCUGCCACCCACUACUGCUGCACCCACCACAACAACAACAGCUGCACCAACCACAGCUGCACCCGCCACCACCACAUCAACAGCUGCUCCUGCAACCACAUCAACCGCUGCUCCUGCAACCACAACAACCGCUGCUCCUGCAACCACAACAACCGCUGCUCCUGCAACCACAACGACUGCAGCUGGAACAACUGCUGCCACAACCGCAACAGCUGCACCUGCUACCACAACUACAACAGCUGCUCCUGUUACCACAACUACAACAGCUGCUCCUGCUACCACAACUACAACAGC